AUGAAUAAAGUUGAAAAUUUCAAAGAAGAAAAAAAUGAAAUUUCUAAAUCUCAAGUUGCUCCAAUAGAUAUUAUUUAAAUUAUUUAGGAAAAGUACUCAAGAAAAUCAAAUUAAUAUCAAGAGUGUAUAAUUAAACACAAUAAUAGAGAUAAUCAUCAAUGAAAUUCCUGAGUCAUCAAAAAUUAUUGAUUCUACUCUUCAAAAAUAAGAGAGUAAACAAUAACUAAUAUUUCACAAAGACAUUUAUGCAAGAAGUUUUUAUAAAUAUAAAUUUAGAUUCAUUUAAGAGUGUAGGUUGCAUUUGUAGAAUAUGUGAAUUCCCAGAAUACAAAGAUAAUCCCCUUAUACGUGUAUGUAAAUGUAUAAGAUCUCAAAAAUAUGUUCAUGAAUAUUGUUUGAAAAAACAAAUUAUUACAAAAUAUCGUAAUAAACUAGAUAAAGCAAAAUGUGAAAUAUGUUCUGACACUUAUUAAAUGGAACUCAAAAUUGAAAAGAUAUUUGAUCCUGUAAUUAAAAAUUUUUACUUUUUAGUAAACAGCAUGGUCUCAAAGCAAAGAUAAAUUACCUUUAUUUUGUUUAUUGGUUUUUUUGAUUGUAAUGAUAGUUGUUGUAAUCUUACUAGGAAUUCGAUUGUAUGAACUUUAUUGUAAUUUAGAAAAGAGGCUAAUUAAAUUACUGAUAGGAAGAACUUUCUAGACUCCCAAUCUUUCUUUAUAAUAUUUAUAGUCUUUGCAAUCAUAACAAUUUUAGUAUUAUUGUGGUUAAUAGCAAUGAUUAUCAAAGGGUUGUUAAUUGUAGAAAAAAUAUUAAAUUGGAGAUUGAUAGAAUAUAAACCAUUGAAAAAAUCAAUUCUUAAUAAAAAUAUUUUAAUCUCAGAUAUCAAAUAAUCCUUUCGUAAAUCUAAAUUAUUUGGAGAAUAACAAACUACAUAAAAUAGAAAAAAUAAACACCUAAAUACAUUUAAUGUUGAAAAAAAAAAUUAUGAUUAAGAGGAUCCAUCAAUCGAUGUUGGUGAAAUAUCUACUUAGAGAAAUUAACCAAAAUCUAUUACAAAAAAUGUUCUUACUAUUUAAUCUGAUCCUCGACAAACAAAAAGAAUAAGAUUUUCAAUAAUUUGA